CUCCCCUCGGCCCGCUGCCUGACCUUCGAGCCGCCUGAGAAAUCUCCAGCCUGGCGAGUGCCCGAGCCAGGCCGGCCUCCCCGCCCCCUCCCUGGAAAGGAAAGGCCCCAGCGACAACAGAGCCAGACCCGCUCCUCCCGAUCUCCCAGAAGGCGACUGACAGCUGACUGCCAGAAGGAGAUCGCGCCAGGAGACUGACUGCUCUGUGCCCACCCGGGGACCCGGGCCCGUUCAGCCGGGCUGACUGGUGCGCCCUCUGCAAAGCCUGCGCCAGGGAGGAGGCAGGCUCAACCUUCAGAUUCCCAGGGCCUCUCUGUCGCUGUCGCCGUCGCCGUCGCCCGAGGUCCCAGCGGCUCUACCAGAUUGUUGUGGAGGCCUCUCACCCGCACAGAUCUCCCCUGCGACCAUGUCUUCCAUUAAGAUUGAGUGUGUUUUGCCAGAGAACUGCCGGUGUGGUGAGUCUCCAGUAUGGGAGGAAGCGUCCAACUCUCUGCUCUUUGUAGACAUUCCUGCAAAAAAGGUUUGCCGGUGGGAUUCAUUCACCAAGCAAGUACAGCGAGUGACCAUGGAUGCCCCAGUCAGCUCCGUGGCUCUUCGCCAGUCGGGAGGCUAUGUUGCCACCAUUGGAACAAAGUUCUGUGCUUUGAACUGGAAAGAUCAAUCAGCAGUUGUCUUGGCCACGGUGGAUAACGACAAGAAAAACAAUCGCUUCAAUGAUGGGAAGGUGGAUCCCGCCGGGAGGUACUUUGCUGGCACCAUGGCUGAGGAAACAGCUCCAGCAGUUCUUGAGCGGCACCAGGGGGCCCUGUACUCCCUCUUUCCUGAUCACCACGUGAAAAAGUACUUUGACCAGGUGGACAUCUCCAAUGGUUUGGAUUGGUCGCUAGACCACAAAAUCUUCUAUUACAUUGACAGCCUGUCCUACUCCGUGGAUGCCUUUGACUAUGACCUGCAGACAGGACAGAUCUCCAACCGCAGAAGUGUUUACAAGCUAGAAAAGGAAGAACAAAUCCCAGAUGGAAUGUGUAUUGAUGCUGAGGGGAAGCUCUGGGUGGCCUGUUACAAUGGAGGAAGAGUGAUUCGUUUAGAUCCUGUGACAGGGAAAAGACUUCAAACUGUGAAGUUGCCUGUUGAUAAAACAACUUCAUGCUGCUUUGGAGGGAAGAAUUACUCUGAAAUGUAUGUGACCUGCGCCCAGGAUGGGAUGGACCCCGAGGGUCUUUUGAGGCAACCUGAAGCUGGUGGAAUUUUCAAGAUAACUGGUCUGGGGGUCAAAGGAAUUGCUCCCUACUCCUAUGCAGGAUGAGGACAGGUCUUCUUUCCUGCCAGAGGGAGCUCUGAAGACAACUAGAGAAUUCUGGGCCUGAAAUUUCAAUCUAGUUAGAAAGAAAAAUGAGGCAAUGAUUUUAUUAACAGCGUUAAGUUUUAAUUUACAACUUUUAAAAGGCAGAGCAUUUUUAACAAGGGGUGACAGGUGGUUUUGAUAACACACUUAUAAGGCUUUCUGUAAAAGGUACUAUAGAAGGGCGAAGAAUCGUUCAACUGUCAAUCAGCCUCUUGAUUCUUUGUAAAUUGCCAGGGUGGGUGGGUACAUAUCUCUUCUUGAUUCUGCAUUUCAUACUUAACUAUAUUAAAGCUUCAAGGAACAAUAAAUAGUAACCUGGUAAUGACCUA